AUGAAUAUAUUAAGAAGCAAUAAUCACAGAUUUAUUAAUUUUAUAAAAUUUUAUAAUAAUAAUAAUAUUAACAAUAAUAUAACAAACAAUAUCAAGUUGUUUAGUUCAAAAUCAUCACUAAAUAGCAACAAUUUUAAUAAUAAUAGCUACAAUAGAAAUAUAUCAUAUAAAAGUUUCCAAUCAAUUAAAACAGAUUAUAAAUUUUCAAAUGAAGAUGAAGUUUUUCAAGAGAUUAAGGAUUAUAAAAAUUAUGAAGAAAAAGGAAACUAUAGCGCAGCUAAAUCCAUUUUAAAUCGAUCAUUACAAAUGGUUGAGUCAACAUUAGGCAGAAAACACGAUAUUACAAUCAACGUAUUAUUUCGUAUGGUAAAUUUAGAAUUAAUUAUUGGAGAUCUUUCAAGUGCUGAAAAAUAUUGUAAUCAAAUUUUAAAUAGAAUUCAAGAUCAAUUAUACACAUCACCAAUAUCAAUACCAACUUUAAACUAUUUAAUGAUUUGUCAUCAAUAUCAAGGCGAUAAAGAAAAGUGUUUCAAAGUUAUCGAUCAAAUUAUUGAUAUCGCAAAGAAAAAUAAUGAUUACGAAGUUGUAGUUUCAACACUUUUAAAUAAAGCAAUUGUUUUAUCUUUAGAUUGCGAUGAUGAAGCUGACUCGGUAUAUAACGAAUGUAUAAAACUAUCAAAAGAAAACUUGGAUGAAUCAAAUAAAUUAAAUGAAUCAAUAUUAUCAAAUUAUGCAUGUUAUUUACAUUCAAAGGGUGAUAAUGACAUAUUAGCAGAAGAGUUAUAUUUAAAAUCAAAAGAAUUGGCAGAAAAGAAUAAUAACGAUAUCGAAUUAGUAAAUAUUUUAGCAAACUAUGGUGAAUUUUUAUAUGAUAGUGACCAAUUUGAUAAAGCAGUUCCAGUAUUAGAGAAUGCAAUUCAAAAAUCGGAAAUGGUAUAUGGAAGAAAUAAUUCAAAAGUAGGUUGUGUUUUAUAUGUUUUAGGUAAACUCUAUAGAGACAAGGGUAGUCACUCAUGGGCCGAAGGUUUCUUCAAUAAAUGCAUCACUAUUUUUGAAGAUCACAAAAACAAUAUUAAAAGAAGAGAAAACGAAAGAGAAUUAAUCAAUAAAAAUGAAAGCUCAAACUAUCAUUAUCAACCAGGUAAAAGAGAGAGAGAACUAAGAAACAAUAAAGAAGUAGAUAUCGAAUUUGGCAAUGUGCUUUGGGACUAUGCUCAAAUGAUGAGGGAAAAAGGAAGAUUAAAAGAAGCUGAAAAUUUAGAGGAAAGAGCCCGUAAAUUAAACUCCUUCGAAGAAUAA